AUGCAAAUCUUUGUGAAGACCCUGACUGGCAAGACCAUCACUCUCGAAGUUGAGAGUUCAGAUACCAUAGACAAUGUUAAGGCCAAGAUUCAAGACAAGGAAGGGAUUCCACCAGAUCAGCAGCGUCUUAUUUUUGCUGGAAAGCAACUGGAGGACGGGCGAACCCUUGCUGAUUACAACAUCCAAAAGGAGUCCACACUCCAUUUGGUGCUUCGUCUCCGUGGUGGGAUGCAGAUAUUUGUGAAGACUCUGACGGGAAAGACCAUCACCCUUGAGGUUGAGAGUUCUGAUACCAUUGACAAUGUGAAGGCCAAGAUACAAGACAAAGAGGGUAUCCCACCGGAUCAGCAGAGGCUUAUCUUUGCUGGAAAACAGCUCGAAGAUGGCCGAACUCUGGCCGAUUAUAAUAUUCAGAAGGAAUCCACCCUUCAUCUUGUCCUACGGUUGAGGGGAGGUAUGCAGAUCUUUGUGAAGACUUUGACCGGAAAGACCAUUACUUUGGAGGUAGAGAGCUCGGACACAAUCGACAAUGUGAAGGCUAAGAUACAGGACAAGGAGGGCAUCCCCCCAGACCAGCAAAGGCUGAUUUUUGCAGGAAAACAGCUCGAAGAUGGCCGAACCUUGGCCGAUUACAAUAUCCAGAAGGAAUCCACCCUUCAUCUUGUCCUACGUUUGAGGGGAGGAAUGCAGAUCUUUGUGAAAACUUUGACAGGAAAGACCAUUACAUUGGAGGUAGAAAGUUCAGACACAAUUGACAAUGUGAAGGCCAAGAUACAAGACAAAGAGGGUAUCCCACCGGAUCAGCAGAGGCUUAUCUUUGCUGGAAAACAGCUCGAAGAUGGCCGAACUCUGGCCGAUUAUAAUAUUCAGAAGGAAUCCACCCUUCAUCUUGUCCUACGGUUGAGGGGAGGUAUGCAGAUCUUUGUGAAGACUUUGACCGGAAAGACCAUUACUUUGGAGGUAGAGAGCUCGGACACAAUCGACAAUGUGAAGGCUAAGAUACAGGACAAGGAGGGCAUCCCCCCAGACCAGCAAAGGCUGAUUUUUGCAGGAAAACAGCUCGAAGAUGGCCGAACCUUGGCCGAUUACAAUAUCCAGAAGGAAUCCACCCUUCAUCUUGUCCUACGUUUGAGGGGAGGAAUGCAGAUCUUUGUGAAAACUUUGACAGGAAAGACCAUUACAUUGGAGGUAGAAAGUUCAGACACAAUUGAUAAUGUGAAGGCAAAAAUACAGGACAAGGAGGGAAUCCCACCAGAUCAGCAGAGGUUGAUCUUUGCUGGGAAACAAUUGGAGGAUGGAAGGACUCUUGCUGACUAUAACAUUCAGAAAGAGUCUACUCUCCACCUUGUGUUGCGUCUUCGUGGUGGAUUCUAA